CUCCUAAUCAACAUCAUUAAAUUGAAGAUAUAUUAUUUAUACUCGAUACAUGUAAAAAUAUGUUCUGUUACAUUUAAAUAAAAAACCUAAACACUAAUAACUUUAUACUAUUUUCAAUACAAUUUGUAAAAGUGUCAGUGGAGUAUUUUUUUCUAGCUAGAAUCAAAAGAACAUCGCUAUAAUUUUAUAUAUCUAGUCAUCUAACUUACCAACCACUUUACUAUAUCAGAUUUACCAUUAACUAUAACUAAUCCUGUUUAUGAUUAUUGUAUCUAUCCGUCGGCGCUCCGUCCCCAGGUUUCUCGAGCAGAAAUCAUAUUUUUUUAAUAACAACAAGACAAACAAACAAUCUGUAAGAAGAGCCUUUGUGUUUCUUCACGUAAUAAUAUAAAAACACCAACUCUCAUCUAUUUGUCUCUUCACCUCUUCAUCUCUCUCUCCAAUCUCUACAAUCUCCAUGCCACAAGUUGAUCUUGAAGCCUUUGUUUGCGCCGGGGGCUCCGAUCGGAAGAUCGCAUGCUCGUCUACUUUUUCCGACGACACGGAAACUCGUCCUUAUUACUACAAAAACUCCGCCGUGAGUCCAAAUGAUUUUCCACCGGAAUCUUACUUCUUGUCAAAAGAUGCUCAGCUCGAGUGGCUCACCGACAACGCCUUCUUUGACCGUAGAGAAUCACAUAGAGGAAACUCAGUGAAUAAUAUCAACUCCAACCCUAACUCCAACCCUAGCUCUCAACGGUACUCCAAGGCGUCGAUCAUCGGUUUGCCUAAACCGCAGAACACGUGUUUAAACGAGGCGAAGCAGCGGAGAAACGUCGGUAAUAAUAACAAGAAUCUUGUCUUCUUGAAACGGGUCGGGUCAAGAACGAAGAGGGAUCUUUCGCAACUGGAGCCUUCUUCUCCUAACGUCUCUUGCAUGGGAAGAGUGAGAUCCAAAAGAGAACGUAGCCGACGGAUGCGCCGUCAAAACUCGGUUCGACCGGAGAAGGCGAACCGGGUCAAGAAACCGGGGUUUAUGGCGAGUUUCAGAGCUAUCUUCCGUAUAGGAGGUGGCUGUAAACACACGUCUUCGCGUGGGACCGACCACGAAGACAUCAGGAGCCGGGUUGAGCCGGAAAAGGUUGAACCGGUUGCUCCCGGUUUGGGUGGGAUGAACCGGUUCGCUUCUGGAAGAAGAGGGGAUUUGUUGGGCGGUUGUUGACUUGGGGUGACAAGUAUGAUGUUAUUAGUGAUUGGUUGGUUUUGGUGGGACCCGUUUGAACUGUUGUUGUGUUUUUUUUGAAAUGUCGUUGGCGCUGACGUGGCAACGCGGUGCGGUGAUUCCUAAACCAACCACGAUACUGUUUUGUAUUUGUUUGUUUAUGUACAUUUGUUUUUCACAUUUCAGUCAUUUAUGUAUAUUCUUUUCUUCUCUUCUCACAUGUAUCCUUUUUUUUGAAAGAAAUCUUGUCACAUGUAUCUCUAUAAGAUCGAUCAAAGGUAUUUAUCAAACACAUUUAGGUUGUUGACGAUUAUGAGAAAUGAAUUGCAACCAAG